AUGGCAGCUGGACGCCGGCAGGAAGACUCUUGGGAGUCUGCUGGUCUAGACCUGAAAUCCUCUGAUAAUCAAAGUGGAGGAGGAAGUACAACAAGCAAAGGGCGUUAUAUACCUCCUCACUUAAGGAACAGAGAAGCAUCUAAAGGAUUAUAUGAUAAAGACAGAUCAGGGUGGAGUUGUAAAGAUAAGGAUGCGUACUACAGUUUCGGGUCUCGAGAUUCAAGAGGAAAGCCCAGUUACUUCAAUGAUCGUGGAAGUGGAUCAAGGGUAAGAUUUGACGAUCGUGGACGAAGUGGCUAUGAUGAUACUGGCAGUUGUGACAGGACUGGCUUUAGCAAAUUUGAACGCAGUGGGCACAGUCGUUGGUGUGACAGAUCAGAUGAAGAUGAUUGGUCAAAACCACUUCCACCAAGUGAAGGCUUGGAGCAGGAACUCUUUUCCGGGAGAGACACUGGGAUUAACUUUGAGAAGUAUGAUGAUAUACCAGUAGAGGCAACUGGAAAUAACUGUCCUCCACAUAUUGAAAGUUUCAACGAUGUUGAGAUGGGAGAGAUUAUCAUGGGGAACAUUGAGCUUACUUGCUACACCCGUCCAACUCCAGUGCAAAAGCAUGCCAUUCCCAUUAUUAAAGAAAAAAGAGACUUGAUGGCUUGUGCCCAAACAGGCUCUGGAAAAACAGCAGCAUUUCUCUUGCCCAUCUUAAGUCAGAUUUAUAGAGAUGGUCCAGGCGAGGCUUUGAAGGCUGUGAAGGAUAAUGGAAAGUAUGGACGCCGUAAACAAUACCCAAUUUCCUUGGUUUUAGCUCCUACAAGAGAAUUGGCUGUACAGAUCUAUGAGGAAGCCAGAAAAUUUUCAUACCGGUCUAGAGUGCGUCCUUGUGUGGUUUAUGGUGGUGCUGAUAUUGGUCAGCAGAUUCGAGAUAUAGAACGUGGGUGUCACUUGUUAGUUGCCACUCCAGGGCGUCUAGUGGAUAUGAUGGAAAGAGGAAAAAUUGGAUUAGAGUUCUGCAAAUACUUAGUGUUGGAUGAAGCUGAUAGGAUGCUGGAUAUGGGAUUUGAACCUCAAAUACGUCAUAUAGUUGAACAAGGCAGUAUGCCACCAAAGGGUAUUCGCCACACUAUGAUGUUCAGUGCUACAUUUCCUGGACAGAUACAGUUGCUUGCUCGUGAUUUCUUGGAUGAUUAUAUCUUCCUGACGGUAGGCAGAGUUGGCUCUACCUCUGAAAACAUCACACAGAAAGUAGUUUGGGUGGAAGAAUCAGACAAACGGUCAUUUUUGCUUGACCUCUUAAAUGCAGCAGGGAAGGAUUCACUGACUUUAGUGUUUGUGGAGACCAAAAAGGGUGCCGAUUCUCUCCAGGAUUUCUUACACUGUGAAGGAUAUGCUUGUACCAGUAUUCAUGGAGAUCGAUCACAGAGAGAUAGAGAGGAGGCCCUUCACCAGUUCCGCUCAGGAAAAAGCCCAAUUCUAGUGGCUACAGCUGUGGCAGCAAGAGGAUUAGACAUUUCAAAUGUGAAACAUGUCAUCAAUUUUGAUUUGCCAAGUGAUAUUGAUGAAUAUGUACAUCGGAUUGGUCGUACAGGACGUGUAGGAAACCUUGGCUUUGCCACCUCAUUCUUUAAUGAAAGAAAUACAAAUAUCAUGAAGGAUUUGUUGGAUCUUCUUGUUGAAGCUAAACAAGAAGUGCCAUCUUGGUUGGAAAACAUGGCUCAUGAACACCACUAUAAGGGUAGCAGUCGUGGACAUUCUAAGAGUAGAUUCAGUGGAGGAUUUGGUGCCAGAGACUAUCGACAAAGUAGUGGUUCCACCAGUUCUGGCUUUAGUAGUGGUCAUGCAACCAGCAGCCGCAGUGGUGGAGGUGGUCACAGCAGCAGCAGAGGAUUUGGUGGAGCUGGUUAUGGAGGCUUCUACACGAGUGAUGGAUACGGAGGAAAUUACAGCUCCCAGGGAGUCGACUGGUGGGGCAAUUGA